AUGGAAGAGUAUAAUCGCGAGCCUUGCCCUUACCGAAUCUUCGAUGAUAUUGGCAGCGCUUACGCAAUGGGUCUUGCUGGGGGGUCAGUAUUCCAUGCAUGGAACGGAUUUAGAAAUGCAGCUGCGAGACAAAAGCUGAAAGGACUGUUACGAGAGGUUCGGAUGCGCGGGCCAUUAACAGGUGUUCAGUUUGCUGCGUGGGGUGGGAUGUUUAGUACCAUCGAUUGUGGUCUAGUAGCAAUAAGAAGGAAGGAAGACCCACUGAAUUCAAUAGUGUCUGGCGGUCUCACUGGUGCCUUGCUCGCUAUCCGUUCCGGCCCAAAAGUUAUGAUGGGUUCUGCAAUGCUGGGAGCAGUUAUUUUAGCAAUGAUUGAAGGUGUUGGGUUACUGACUUCAAGAUGGAUGAGUGCAAUGGUAGACCCUACUGCCCAGGUUCAAGAACUUGAAGACCCAGCUAAUUUGCCGGCAAAACAGAAGCAGAAAACCAGCACUAUUACUGGUGGUGUAGAGCCUUCUGCAAAUGUAGCGCCAUUUGGAAUCCCUGCUAUGCAUAUGUGA